GAGGAGCACUGCGUUCUGACAGAUCACCAAGUCGCUGGCAGAAGGAGACGAGUGACCCAAUGGGCUGCCAAACUCGCUCGAGCCUUUGUCUGUACAGCAGCAGCGGCAGCCGGCGCCAGAGCCCAGAGCCUCGACACACGCUCCGCUUCUGACCGCGCUCGAGGCUCGCCUGAGCAUCGAUUUGCCACCAGGACGGACGACUCGAAGCAGCAGCAGCAGCAUCAGCAGAUCUGACGCCGGCGGGCCUUCGGACAAUCCAUCUAUGUUUCUGAGUCCUCUGCGGGUUUUGAAAUUCGUGGUUAUUUUCACCUUCGUGUUUUUGAUUUCGUGAGCCGGGGGCGCGGGCGGAAUGGCGAAGGAGGGCGCGGCGUCGGCCUCGUCGUCGCCGUCGCGGGCGCGAGGCGGAGGAGGGAUCAUUUCGGAGUGGAGAUGGUAGCCGGGGGCGAUGGGGUGAGAAGGGCGUAGUUUCGGACAGGAGGUAGACAGGAUUUGGUCGUGGAAUUGGAAUUGGAGUUGGAGUUGGCACUGGCCCUGUGGGGUGCGGAUGAUCCGGAGGGCGGGAGUGGCCAGCGGAUGAUCUCAUGAGGUUGUUGAAUCAGCUCCGCCAAGAAGACGACGGAGGAAAGAUGGCAUUUCGGAUUGGUCCGCUGAAUUUGAAUGCGGUGGCGCAGGGGGUUGGUGGUCUUGUAUUCGGAAGUGGUGACAGGUCUUCACGGCAGGAUGACAGUGGAGUAGAAAGGCUACUCGAACGAAUACAACAUGGGGUUCUCGCUGAUGACCGAAGGGCAGCAAUGUCGGAGCUUCAAAUUGUUGUUGCUGAGGAUCGAGCUGCGAAAAUGGCCUUUGGAUCAAUGGGAUUUCCUAUCAUCAUGAGUAUUUUCAGAGACGAGCGAGAAGACAUAUACAUGAUCCGAGGGGCGCUAGAGACUCUUCUUGCUUCAGUGACAUCAGAGGGGCCAGUCAACGAGGAACAACAUGGAGUCGUUCCUCACGUGGUUAAUACUGAGGUGUUUGCAACAGAAGAUGGAAGUGUAGGCAUGCUUUUGAGUCUUCUGGACGAGGGCGAUUUCUACGUUCGCUACUACACUCUACAGAUUUUGACAGCGCUGCUUACUCAUUGCGCAGGCAGGCUGCAGGAAGUGAUUUUAUCCACUCCUCACGGAAUCACCCGUCUCAUGGAUAUGAUGCAAGAGCGUGAGGUCAUUCGAAACGAGGCUUUGUUGCUUCUCACCUAUCUAACGCGGGCAGCUGAGGAGAUCCAGAAGAUUGUUGUUUUCGAAGGUGCGUUUGAGAGACUCUUCGCAAUCAUAGCUGAAGAGGGUGGUUCAGAAGGCGGAAUUAUCGUCCAGGAUUGUCUAGAACUCCUCAAUAACCUCUUGAGAAACAACUCCUCAAAUCAGAUAUUUUUAAGAGAAACAUACGGUCUACAGCAGAUAGUUCUUCUUCUCAGAUUACGUAAAGGAAGUGCCGAUGGGUUCACUGAGCAGAAGUCUGUGAAUAUGCUUUGCGCUCUCGAAACUGUGGCCUUGCUGUUGGCUGGGAGCACGAAUACUGUGCCCGGAAAGGAUCCAAAUGUGGUUGCGAAUCAGACUGUUUUGGGACAGAACAAGUUACUGGAUACUCUACUUUCUCUGUGUGUCGAAGGGCGGGUAUCAGCCGUGGCCAUUCGAUGCUCGGCAUUAAGAUGCAUCGGAGAUCUUGUGGUUGCUCAUCCCAAAAACAGAGAACUUCUUGGGAGCAAGAUUGUCGGGGAGGAGCCUGAUUCUGAACCUGCUCUUCAUUGUAUACUCAGAGUUCUUCUUCGCACUUCCAAUCUCAACGAAUGUAUUGCUGCUGACUACGUUUUCAAAUGUUUUUGUGAGGGAAAUCCAGAGGGCCAAACCAUGCUGGCUUCCACAAUAACUCCUCUACCUCAUUCAAGCUCUAGAGGCAAUUGGUCGUCUGAAGAUGAUCGCAAUAUUUCGUUCGGGAGUAUGCUUGUCCGAGCAUUAAUCUCAAGUGAUGGGCGAAAUGAUCUUGAGGCAAGUUGCAGGGCAGCAAGUGUACUGGCUCAUAUAUUGAAGGACAACGUACCAUGCAAAGAAAGAGUUCUGCGGAUACCCCUCGAGAUACCAUCUUCAGCUUUAGCUCCAGCGGAACUUUUGAUGCCCCGGUGUAUGCGUUAUCUUGCCGCCGCAGCACCUUCAUCGGCAGAUAAGCUUCGUAACACGAACGGUGCUUCUCAAGAUGGUUCUAUAUGGCUUCAACCUGUUCUUUUGCGACUUUUAGUAACAUGGUUAACGGAUUGCCCACCAGCUGUUGCUGCCCUUUUGGAACCUGCUGCACAUCUCCCUUUCUUGGUCGAGCUUAGCUCAAGCAGUGGAUCACCUGCUAGCGUACAUGUAGCAGGUUUGGCUGCUGUCUUGUUGGGUGAGUGCAUUAUAUACAACCCAACAAAACAAGGUCCAAAGGAUGCCGCCGUGAUCGUCGACGUAAUCAACGAAAGAAUUGGUUUAACUGCAUACUUCUCCAAGUGGGAAGAAAUGCAAAGAACUGGACUGUUUACCUCAGCUGCGACGUCCUCUCGACUUCCAAAACCAUUAACCAGGUCCACAGCGGCUGCUGCAGCCGCCGGUGAUGGUCUUGCUACAAUUGCCCCUGAUAGACAACAACAAUUGUCAAGCUUCCAGGAAAGCACAAAUGAAGGGGAACCUGCUGUAACGACAUUUUAUGAUUCUGAGUUCGUUGCUUUUAUAAGAAGACUCGAGCCAGUAGUAAGAGAGCAGAUUGUCGAGGUCUUUGCUCACCCCAGAAGUCGGGCUUCUGUUGAGUUAAUAGGCUUUGAACCUAAAGAAGGUGAAAAAGAAAGUGACUACAUCCUUCGCCUUCGAACGAUGCUCCAAAAUCAAGCUCAAGAAAUGCAGGAUUUGGUGGACAGGAACGCAGCUUUAGCGGAAGAUCUGCUUGUGAAUGGACGUGGCAAGGAUGAUACAUCUGCGUCCGAAGAUGGGUUACCAUCUAACCAAGCCAAACGUCCACAAGUAUAUCUAGCCUCAAAAGCAGAGACGGAUUCUUUGAGGCAACGAUUGGAAGCACUUAUGUCGGAAAGGGAAGGAUUGUUGUCAGAGAUUCAACACCACAAAUCACUAGUUAGUAAAGUGACUAGCGACCUACAAGGGUUAUCAGAAGCCUACAACAGUUUGGAACAGAACAACGAACGUCUUGAGAAGGAGGUAGAUGACCUUCGUAAGAUUGUAGCAUCUGGUUCCACUGGUUCUUCUACACCUGAACAACUGGCUGCAGCUCGAGAGCAAGGCCGCGAAGAGGCCCUGAAGGAGAGUGAAGGAGAGAUGGAUGAUCUCCUCGAGUUGCUUGGUCAAGAGGAGAGUAAAGUCGAGAAACUCCGAGCUCGCCUAGAAGAGCUCGGGGAGGAUGUUGACGCUUUGCUUGAAGGGGUCGGAGAAGCGAAAGGUGAUUUGGACGGCGACAAAGACUAAGCUUCGAACAUGAUACACCAGUGACCUACUGUAGCUUUUGUCGCCCCAGGAAGCGAGUGUACGCAUCCCAAGGAGUCAGCCGGAGUUCUGUUGGUAAUUCAUUCCAAUGGUCUAUCUUCACAAUAUGCAAUAGGGGGAAUGUCGAACAUCUUCAUCGAGUCAGGAAUUGAUCAAACGUCUUGCUGUUCCUGUUCACCAUAUCCGGUACCUUUAGAAUGUGGCCAAAGUUGUUUAUGAGUGUAAAGUCUUAGAAUCAGUCUUGUGUGCUGUAAAAUGACUUGUGAAUAACAGACUCCUGAAUGACGGAGUUGCAGUUAACCAGCAGCCCUUGCAGGGGCCUUCUGACCAAUUCUUUGAGGGCCCAUUUACAUGUAGUGGUUUCAGUUGUCUUAGGGAUCUGGAUAGCAUCAUAGGUAGCCACUCUCUGUAGAAUGGCUUUUGAGUAGGGGUAGUGGUAACUGCUACUUAUUCAUGCCACUGAGUUAGAAUAUAGCCCGUUCUCAGGCUGUGGAGCAGCCGUCAUUCAGCUCGGAGCUUUGAGGUGUAUCCUACUUUCUUCAUGACACUGAGUGUGGCCUGUUUGCGAACUCACCAGGCUCAGAUGUGAUGGAUCUCGCAUACCAAAGUUAUCCUCAUAGAAAGCCAGCUUCCAAUGAAGAACCUGAAUUCCUCUACGCAGCUAUGUUACCUCUUGACCCCACACAAUCAAAUAUCUGGGUCGCAGUAUAUAAUAGUCG